AUGGAGAAAACCGUAGGACUAGCUCUGCUGCUACUCUUCACUCUCCUGACCACGACGCAUCGGUUCGCGGAUGGCCAGGCCUACUGCCGGUCGCAGAUCAGCCUCGCAAACGAGGCGUGCAGCCUGAGGACCUUCCCGGGGUCGAGGCCCCCCUACGUGCCCCGGCAGCUACUCAACGAAACCUCCACGUCGACGACACCCGGCAGCAAGGACUACGAGCUUCGGUCCCGGGACGACGACGACGACGGUGACGACGAAGAAGGGGGAGAACACGAGGGGCGGCACCGGCGUCGACAGCGGCACCGCCACAGCGCCGCCAACAGCGAGAUGGACCCGCGUGACACGGCCUGCUGCCGGCGGCUGAUGGCCAUCGACAACUCGUGCAUCUGCCAGGCGUCGGCGCGCCUCCCGGUGUUCAUGACCGCGGUGUGGCACGUCAUCAAGCUCACGCCGGUCGAGGGCUGCGAGGUCACCUUCGAGUGCCCUGGCGCCUUGUCACCGCUGGGCUGA